ACCCAUCUUGUGGUAGCGUGGCACGUGUACACGUAGUACUCGUAGUCGUAGUCGUAGCCCCCGACGCGUGCACUGUUCAGGAGACAUAGAGUGAGUUUACCGGUAUCCACGCAUCUUAUAGGUACUAAAUCAUCACAAUAUUCAUCGCCGUCAUGUGUGGUAUAUGGGCCUUGUUCGGGAGCUAUGCGGUGAUCACCAAGCAAAUAGCCAACGUCCUGAAAGUCAGUUACAGGGGACCAGAUGCCUUCCGCAUCGAGUCAAACAAUCACUUGUUCCCGCACUGCUGCCUGGCGUUUCACCGCUUGGCUAUUGUUGAUGACCUCUACGGAAUGCAGCCUAUGAGAGUAAACAUGCUUCCACACCUGUGGCUCAUUUAUAAUGGAGAAAUCUAUAACCACAAAAGGGUUGGCUUCCAGCACGGCUUCAACUUUCAGACGCAGAGUGAUGGGGAGGUGAUUCUUCACCUCUACCAUGAGGGUGGGGCUGAAUACGCAGCGGCGAGGCUGGACGGUGUAUUUGCCUUCUGCAUUUUAGACACAGAGAAGAAGCAGGUUCACAUCGGCCGUGACACAUACGGCGUCAGACCUGCCUUCAAGCUACUGUCCGAUAACGGAGUGUUAGCCAUCUGCUCGGAGGCAAAAGGUGCGCGCAUAAUUAUACAGAGAGAGGAAACAGAGGGAGCAGAUGCUGAAGUAUAUGCAGUAAAUGGUCUAGUGCAUCUUACGGAAUCAAUGGAGAAUGCUGCACCUGUCGAAGCCUCACUCCCUUCCCUCCAGGACACAUUGAGAGCUAUCAAAUGGAUGACGAGCGGAGAGAGUAAAGUUACACUGAUAGAGCAAAAGCAGUUCCAACGAUAUAGGUGCUAUGCCCAAAUACGUGUCGGCUGGGGAAAGAACUUCUGGCAGAAAAGUCUUCAGUGUGAGAACCUGGCAGUGACUCUUACUGCUGCUGUGAAGAAGAGAAUGAUGUCUGAUCGGCGAAUUGGCUGCUUACUAUCAGGCGGACUUGACUCCAGUCUCAUUGCUGCAUUGGCUGUUAAUGCAGCAAAGAAUGAGUUUGUAAGCUACCCGAUACAGACAUUUUCAAUUGGUAUGGAGGGAAGUCCUGAUCUGGCAGCUGCUCAAAAGGUGGCUGAUCACAUAGGCAGUGAGCAUCACCGAAGCCGUCCUGGCUACCAUGAAUUUAACUACACGAAUAUUUGUAGCCUUGCUGACCGAGCGCCUCGUGUGAAUUCCAUGCGCUCGGGCUUUGUCGAUUCAGAGUUGGACGUUGGCGGAUAUCCUGUUGGCGGCGCGAAGGAAGGCGUUCAGCGAUGGCGUCUCGUAAGGAGAAGGCAUACUUGGUUGAGACAUUUGCAAAAGGCACCUUUGAGAGCAAAGGUUUCUGAUAAAGAGAUGGCAGAAGCUGCUGAGAAGUAUCCACUAAACACCCCCACCACAAAGGAGGCUUGUUACUAUCGACAAAUAUUUGAGAGUUAUUAUCCUGAUCAUGGCGACUGGAUCUCUUACAUGUGGAUGCCAAAGUGGACUGAGGCAACUGACCCAUCUGCGCGCACCCUGCGACAUUAUAAGUCAUGAGCACAGUACAGAGAGAAAGAUAGAUAUAGAGAGAUGGAGAGAACGAAAGAGGGAGAGAGAGAGAUAGGGAGAUAGAGGGAUGCUUUCUCGUUUGCUAAAUUGCCGGGGAAUGGCUAUGGACAUUGGUCCCAAGGACAAAAUUUAUGAUAUAGUUUUAUAUGCCUGUUAGAAUAUAUCUGUGUAUGCCACCUGACUAAAAUCACGCGUUAUAUUUACAGAAUUCUCUGUCGGUUCACAUGUGAGUCUAUAAGGUAACGCAAGUGUAGAAGUGUAGUGUAGACUGGAAUUUUAUCACUUAAGCUCGGCGCACACGUGAGUUAUUUUACUCAAGUAAAAUGACGAUUGAGUCAUUUUACUCACGUGUGCGGUGGAUUUUCG